AUGGCGUUUCCGAAAUCAGACGAAGAAGAAGAAAUUUGCAAUUCUAUAGCGAAAUUGAUGCAGAAUGAGAAGAAGACCAAUCUCCUGAACCAAUUGAAACCAUUACGCGAAGGUGCUGAUGAAGCAGUUCAAAUAUUGCUGCCAAUUUUGCAGUCACUACAGGUUUCAGAAAAGCAAGAAUCUGAUGUGGAAGCUAAUUGUAUCGCUAAGAAAUCAAAGUUGGAAGCUGAGGUUUAUGAAUUAGAGAAUAAAUGUGCUGCUCAACAGCUUUAUAGUGAUCUUGAUUAUGCUAUUGCUCAUUCUACGAAGAUUCUUGAUUCUUUCAAGAAGGAACUUGCAUGUCGAUUACGCGAUGUAAUGUCAGUAAAGCGGCAGAUUGGUGAUGUUUCAACUCAGCCUGAGCUAAUUCAGUAUGAACGCCGACUUUCAGAGCUGAAUGCCCACAUCCAGGAAAAGCAUCGUCAAACCCGCAAAUAUUAUGCAACUUAUAAUACUCUUUUGGAGAUUAAAGAACUGAUGCUGAAGGAAACUUCCUUGUUAAAUUCAAUUAGUUCACAGUUCCAGGAUGCUAUUGCAAGUACUGAUGGUCGCAUGAAGCUGAUUAAUUCCAUGGAAGGAAUUGUAAAGGGAAGCCAACAGAAGCUCCAAAAGGUCCAAGUUGGGCUUCAGGAAGAGCAGAAAGCUUGUGAUGCCUUGAAGAAGAGGUAUGCUGCAGCAAUGGCAGAGCAGAGACAUUAUUAUUCUCUCAAAAAAGAUUUUCAGGCGGUUUAUUGGCAUGGUGAUACCACUGGUUAUAGAGGCUUUGGCGCUUCGGACAUCAAUGGAGGAGGUGUUAUCAACAGGACUUACUGCAGUAAUCUUCGAGGAAGAUUGUCAAGUAUUGAUAAAUGCUACUAAUGCCUACUCUAGUGACGACAGAGAUGCCAGAGUAGUUUUAGAAGACAUAUUCAAUCUAGUUUCCCGAUUUUCGGAAAUUAGAUUUCAAUAUGUUAACGGUAAAUGUAAUUGGGUACCCAUUUGGUGGCAAAAAGAGCCCUUAUCGAUGACUGCUU